GGUGGGUUUUUAGGAUUGCUUUCUGCUUGUCUGAAUAAAGGGCAAGUCCAAGGCCCGCUGCCCACUGUCUGCUCUGAAUCUCCCUCUCUUCCCUGCAGGUCCGAGUGAUGAUGGACCUUUGCAACAGCACCAAGGGCAUCUGCCUGACAGGACCGCCUGGACCAGCAGGCUCUCCAGGAGCUGAUGGGUUACCAGGACACAAUGGAUCAGAUGGACAGCCUGGCCCCCAGGGCCCAAAAGGCGAAAAAGGAGCAAAUGGCAAAAGAGGAAAAAUGGGGCUACCUGGAGCUGCAGGAAGUCCAGGAGAAAAGGGAGAAAAGGGAGAUCAUGGAGAACUGGGCUUGCCAGGAAACGAGGGCCCACAAGGGCAGAAGGGAGAAAAGGGAGACAAAGGAGAUGUGUCCAACGAUGUGCUCCUGGCAGGUAUCAAAGGUGACCAAGGCCCACCCGGCCCACCUGGACCCCCAGGCCCUCCAGGUCCUCCAGGGCCCCCUGGAAGUAGAAGAGCCAAAGGCCCUCGGCAGCCAAACAUGUUCAACGGCCAGUGCCCAGGUGAGUCAUGUGCCAUACCAAACGAUGACACCUUGAUUGGAAAAGCUGAUGAUAAAGUCAGUGAACACCAUUCCCCACAAGCAGAAUCCAUGAUCACAGGCAUUGGCAACCCAGUGCAAGUACUAAAAGUUACAGAAACAUUUGGGACUUGGAUAAGAGAGUCUGCUAACAAGAGUGAUGACCGUAUUUGGGUGACUGAGCAUUUUUCAGGCAUCAUGGUGAAGGAAUUCAAGGACCAGCCCUCACUUCUGAAUGGCAGCUACACGUCCAUCCAGCUCCCUUACUAUUUUCAUGGUUGUGGGCAUGCUGUUUACAACAACUCUCUCUACUACCACAAAGGGGGCUCCAACACCAUUGUGAGAUUUGAUUUUGGCAAAGAAACAUCCCAAAUACUGAAGCUUGAAAAUGCCUUGUACUUUGAUCGAAAAUACCUUUUUGCAAAUUCCAAGACUUACUUCAAUCUAGCCGUAGAUGAAAAAGGCCUUUGGAUUAUCUAUGCUUCAAGUAUGGAUGGUUCGAGCAUUCUCGUAGCACAGCUGGAUGAGAGGACAUUCUCAGUGGUGCAACACAUCAAUACCACGUACCCCAAAUCCAAGGCUGGCAAUGCCUUCAUCACCCGAGGAAUCCUCUAUGUCACAGACACCAAAGAUAUGAGGAUCACAUUUGCCUUUGAUUUGAUAGGAGGGAAACAAAUCAAUGCAAACUUCGAUUUAAGAACUUCCCAGUCUGUUCUUGCCAUGUUAUCAUACAACAUGAGAGAUAGGCAUUUGUAUUCGUGGGAAGAUGGCCAUUUGAUGCUUUAUCCUGUGCUGUUUUUGUCAGCUACCUUAAACAAGUGAUGAGCUGCAUUCUGUGUCCCUCAACAAAUUUCAGAUGAUUUUUGGGGCCAUUUCUACCAAAGGAAAACAUGUCUUUAAGGGUAGCCAGGUACUUAGAACAUAAUGUGAUGACUUGAGUAUAUAUAUGGUCAAGAAGCUCCCUU